UCAGAUUUUCAAAAAAUAUCCUAUGCUGUAAUCUCGGUUCUGUGUUUUCAAGAAAAACUUAAUUUAAUAAAUUUGUCCCUUACACAUUCCUAGAUGUAUUCGAGUAAUUAAUACAAAUGUUGACGCAGCUGUUCAAAUUAUCCGUGUGUCCUGUUUUAAUUUUACGGUGUAUUAUUUUAUGUACUACAAUAUUGUAAAUAUAUACGUGUAUAAAAUAAGUUAUGUAUUAAAUAUUAAUUUUUCCAUUUAACCUUACUUCUGUGUUAAUCUACUGUAAUAAUAUAUUUAUAUAUUUUUUUAAACUCAUUAAAUUUCAUCAAAUUUACUUAAACAUGGCCGAUUUGUCUUACGCAUUUCCGUUGGUACUCUUAUUAGUCGUUGUUAUGACCCAUUUUUGUAUACAUAAAGUUGAGGAAGGAAAUGUUGCUAUUUACUACAGGGGUGGAGCAUUAUUAUCUCAAAUAAGUGAUCCUGGAUACCAUAUUAUGAUGCCAUUUCUUACCUCUUUCCGAUCUGUGCAAGUAACACUCCAAACAGAUGAAGUAAAAAAUGUCCCUUGCGGAACCAGCGGUGGAGUCAUGAUAUACUUUGACAGAAUUGAAGUUGUUAACAUAUUAUGUGUGGAUAGUGUUUACGACAUUGUAAAAAAUUACACAGCAGACUACGAUAAAACAUUGAUAUUUAAUAAAGUACACCACGAACUUAACCAAUUUUGCAGUGUUCAUAAUUUGCACGAAGUGUAUAUCGAUUUGUUUGAUCAAAUUGAUGAAAACCUCAAAAUAGCCCUACAGAAAGAUUUAACAGAAAUGGCUCCUGGACUUAAAGUACAUUCUGUUCGUGUUACCAAACCUAAAAUACCAGAAACUAUUCGCAAAAAUUAUGAAAUAAUGGAAGCAGAAAAAACAAAAUUGCUUAUUGCUACACAACGUCAGAAAGUUGUUGAAAAAGAGGCGGAAACCGAACGUAAACGUGCAAUUAUUGAAGCAGAAAAACAGGCACAAGUAUCAAAAAUUGAAUUUGAACAAAAAAUAUUAGAAAAAGAAUCUAUAAAGCAAAUAUCAUUGAUUGAAGACAUGAUUCACUUUGAAAAAGAAAAAAGUGCUGCUGAUGCUGAAUUUUAUAAGAAAAAAAAGGAAGCAGAAGCUAAUCAACUUUUGUUUACUAAUGCAUUUAUGGAGAUUAAACGUAUAGAGUCUUUAGGCAAUAACACAAAAUUUUAUUAUGGUCCUGAUAUACCUAAAAUAUUUUUGCAGAAUGUUGCCCCAAUGCACUGAAUUCAAUGUAGCUCUAAUGUAUAUUUAUAUAUUUUUUUUUUUUUUGUACAAAAAUAUUAGCUAUGAGACUAAUAAAAAUUAAUUUUACUAUUAUAGUAUUAUGAUACUAGUCAUAUAUAUUGUCACAUGAUAUGUUGCCAACAGGUAAUUUGUAUAUUUUGAUAAUUCUUUUUAAAUCAAUUUGUUCACUUUAAAACAACUUUAUUGCAAGUACUACGUAUGUUUAUUAUGCAAAU